AUGCUCGAUUCUCGUGGAAGUGAAGCGGAGGAGAAAGUGGGUUUUAAAUAUCCUUUUAUUGCUUCAGAAAUUCUUAGUAGCGAGAUUCCUGAGGUUUCAGCAGCCAUCUUUCAGCAUGCAUCAGAAUGGUUGGAACCUUUCUGGGAUAAAUUUUUAAGCCUCGAUCCGGAAAUUUCGAGUCGUCCCAUCCCUCAUCAUGCUCACCAUCUCACCAAGGCUGCUUAUGGAUCUUCAACUGCAGAUGAUCCAGAAAACAAAGAUGAGGCCUCAGAAAAGGAAUAUUUUUCAGCAAUCACUCAUGGACCAGGAUUCACUGUACUAGCUGGAUAUUGGUCGAAGGUAAAUGUGGCUCUUAUCGAGCAUCAUCCCCAGGAGAUGCUUGCUUUUGUUAAAACUAUGCCAUCUAUUGUUGAGGGAUUAGUUUCGCACUUUGAAACACCAGCUAUUGUUGACCUUCUUUUUCGGCUCGUGCAAUGUGAAGAUACUAUUCCAGACUCAGGCAUUGUGGCUUGGUUAGCAGAUAACGACCUCAUUCCCCGCAUUGUGUCGUUGUUAUCUCCGCACGUUUCUUCUGAAAAGCAUAAAACUGCAUCAGAAUUCCUGAAGACUAUAAUUUCUUUGUCUGCACCUUCACCAUCUUCUCUAAAUCAAGUAACAAUGCAGGAUUCAUUCACCGGUCCUGGCGAGAUGCUUCUCGGCGCGGGUGGUGUGAACAACUUGUUGGUUCGGGAAAUGGCAUCAGAAGAAAAUGUAUCCAAAAUGUUAAGUUUCAUGCUGGACUAUACACCCUCUAAUUCAGGUCCGAGUGAGGAGAACAGAGGUUUGGACAUGCCGUUGCAAACGUUGCAAGAAGAUUCUGCUGUCGAAGAAGAAGAUGAGGAUGAGGAUGUUUGGGCAUUCCAAAAGACGAUGAAAGACAGACAAAACCGGCAUUUCUCUAUUUCUCGCCGUCUCUCAACCGCAGGCAAAGGCCUGCGUGACUCAACAGCCACCGUACGCCCGUCUACACUUGAUCGUCGUACCUCAAUGAAGAGCCCAUUGACUGAAGAUGCAAUAUCCUCGUCAUUUGCGAACUGUGCAGGUGUAUUUAUUGAACUGAUUCGCAAAAAUAACAGUGAUUAUUUCGAACAACAUCUAUUCCACACUCUUCGCAACUAUCUGGUUAUGCGUCAGCAGGAAUUGAGUGGUCAACAUCGACAGGAGAAAAUUUUGCAGAACUUGAACAAUGGAAGUACAGCGGACAGACCAGAAUUAUCUCUUGAUGAUCUUCCGUUUGAUGAUGAUGCAGAUGCUGAAGGUUUGGACGAAGCCAUGGAUGAAGUGGCCGAAAAAAUGGGCAUUGUCCAUCUGGGUCCCUUGCUUCGUGCUCUAGCCGAGAAGAUACCUGAACUUCAGGAAAGGAUGCGCAAUCCUAGUCAGUCUGCAUCCAUGGUUUCUACCACUUUGGGCCAGAUUGAACCGCUAACACAAAUGCGGUACUGUAUCGCGGAGUUAUACGCAGAGCUCUUGCAUUGCUCAAACAUGGCAUUACUGAAUCGUCCUCUCAAUGUUGGUCCUCGCUAUUCGCCAUCCGGUUCUUUAAUGGGUGGCUUGGAGGGACUUCAAGCGCUUGCCCGUACAUUACAGGGCGAUGAAGAAUACGACCAGCCGGAACCAUCCUCCGCGGAUGCUGAGUCGAAGUCUAACGGGGACGAUGACACUAGUGCAUACAAAAUUUCUGAUGAACAACCCGCCGUUUCUGUCUCCAAGGCACCAAGUAAUGAUUCUUAUGAGUCUGAAGAUACCACGUCUGAAGAAGAUGCUGCUAGCAUUGCAUCAGCGUUGUCAAGUAUGUCGCUGGCAGAUUUGGUAACACAAUUGUCUGCAAAGCGCCCCGUUGCUGAAGAGAGUAAUUAUGAAAUUCUUGGCAACUUUUUGAAAAAACAGUUCCUUACGUUCCAAGUUAUCCCUACGCUUAUUGAACUGUUUCUUCACUAUCCUUGGAAUAACUUCUUGCACAAUGUUGUCUAUGACAUCCUUCAGCAACUAUUUAAUGGUGACAUGGACAAUGCUAUCAAUCGCAAGUUGACCAUGUCUACCUUUGAUGAAGCCUGCCUUAUUGAGGCAAUUCUCGAAGGAGUUAGGCGUAACAACGACUCUUCACAGGGUCCGCGGCGUAUUCGCCUUGGAUAUAUGGGUCACUUAAACUUGAUUGCCGAAGAAGUCAUAAAACUUAUGGAACGCCAUUCGGAUAUACUUGGCGAAGCUAUCCACGAGCACUUCACGCCUGACUGGGAAGAGUAUCUAAAUAAUGAGCUUAAUGAGUCACGCGCGAAAGAGUCUAUGCCUCUAGCUGGCGGUCGUCCAUCCAACCCUAUGGCGGGGAUGCAGUCAUGGUCUAAUUUGGAGUCUGAUGAUUGGUAUCCUGAGAAUGACAACAACCGCACAUUUGCUCAGUAUCUUUCGUCUCAGAUGCGCACUGACAAUGAUGACCUCGAAGCUGAUGGUGACAUGUUGUCAUAUAUGAAUGAUACCAAUGCGCUCGGUCAAAUUCCUGGUGACAAUGACUGGGGACCCUUCUCCGACUCGUCGCAAUCUGCGUUCGAGUUCACGUCUACUGCAUCCGUAUCUGUAAAUGAGCCCGCACAAGAAAACCUCACGCCAGCUGACUGGGCUGCUGAAUUUCGUCGUGGCGCGGGUAUUACGGACAUGUCUAGCGAAUCUGUCGACAAUGACUCUGAUUCUGACGAUAUGGGUUUACAGGCCCGUGAUGACAUAUCUGCCGAGACUGAUUCUGAUGAAAACGUGGGGGACGAUUCACCUUUUGUCGAUCUACACAAACCUGCAGCUUUACGGCAGCGAACUCAAGCCAUGGAUUCUGUCCAGCCUGAGCGAGUUCUGGAGCCAACAGGCGACGAUUCCGAACGCUGGCCUGCAGCCUGUGCCGCUCGCCAUGUGCGGACUAAAUCUUCGGGAGGUGAAGACAAAGCUCCUGAGCUUGCCGCUGCACAGCUUCCAGAAGAUGUGGAACCCACCCAAGAGGGUCUACUCCGUCGUACGUUGGCAGAUGGAACUAGCGUGACUGUUCCAUUGGACGAUGCCGAAUUAUCUGCUUCUCACACUCUGGCACAAACCCGGUCUUAG